AUGAAUAUACAGCAGCAGUCUAUCCUCACCCUCUCCCUUCCUCGUAGUAGCACUUCCUCUCUGUUGGUCUUCACGCAUAGCUGCACGCACCAGCAGUCGCUUGUCGUUCUCCGUCGUUCUCCUCUCCGUCUGGACAAAGAAGAAGAAGAACCUAGUUCCUCCAGCAAAGACUUUUCUGACGGCAUCGUCGACUCCGUUGCCGCUGCAGCUCACGACACCGCUCUUGUCGUUUACUUGCAUUUCUUUGCCAACAUCAUCCAGGAGGGUGUUGAAGCCUUGGCAGAAGAUGUUCUAGCAAAGCAUGUACCUUCUAGGCGAAGCAGAGUAGCAGAAGUUCAUAAUUUGUCAGAAAAGAGAAGAAGUGGGAUCAAUGAAAAAAAGAAGGCCUUGCAACAUCUAAUUCCGAAUUCUAUCAAGGGCUGA